CGCCUUUAUAAGCAGCGAGGAGAGCAGAGAGGGCUGUGCAGAGAGCGUCUCAGGGCGAGAGAACCCUGUUGCAGGCUACACGGGGCACCUUUGUCUUUGGUCCAGGUGAAUCAUGUUGUCAGCGGUGCUUCUGCUGUUGCUGGCGAGCUCAGGUGUGAGGGCGUCUGGUUGCUAUGGCAACGUGAUGAACAUCGACACCACGGGGGCCUCAGCGGCCACGGCGAGCCAGGACAACCUGAGCGUGACCGGGGUGGCAGCAUCCCAGAGGCUCGUGAACACCGACCUGAACCGCCUCAAGAACUACAAGAGCCGCAUCGUGGACGCGGGCAACGCCAAGUGCGUCGACGCGGCCGUCAUCGCCGCCAUCAUAUCGCGCGAGUCGCGGGCUGGCAGCGUCCUCGUCAACGGAUGGGGCGACGGCGGAAACGGAUUCGGGCUCAUGCAGGUGGACAAGCGCUACCACACCCCGGUAGGCGCAUGGGACAGCGUGGAGCACAUAAAGCAGGGGACGGGCAUCCUCAUCGACAUGAUCAACUCCAUCAAGAAGAAGUUCCCCAGCUGGACCCAAGACCAGCAGAUGAAAGGGGGCAUCUCGGCCUACAACGCGGGGCCCGGCAACGUUCAGUCGUACCCCAACAUGGACAUCGGCACGACGGGCAACGACUACGCCAACGACGUGGUCGCCAGGGCCCAGUGGCUCCGCGCCAACGGACACUUCUAGAAAGAAGAAGACCGCCCCCCCCCCCCCCCCGUCCUGCCCCCCCAUCCCGUGAUCGCUCCGAAGAACCGCGCACGCACGCAGAUAGAGCGACGUUUCCCCCAGCAAUCACACCCGCCACCACCUCGCUCCCGUUGCUACCUUACACAAGUUGCUUAACCCGCCAUUCUCGUCGUGGACACGUGACCCACCCAACGCAGCCUCCAGCACCAGGCCCGAGUCCCAACCUCCAUUUUGCUUAGCCCAUCCUGCCAACAAAGACAAAGAUACCCCCCCCCCCGUGUAGCCUUAACAGGCUGUAGGGGCAAGUGCUGUUAGCGAGCUGCACCUAUGAAGGCUGGAACGGUACACGAGGGGGUGGGUGGCCAGCACCACGCCCGGCCGCCUUUGUCUCCCCAGUGGCGAUGUUGACACGCACCGGGUACUCAUUUGAGGCUGAGUCGACCUAGGGGAGGCCCAUGACCGGUUCAGAUAAUCGUCACUGGUGUUUGCCGUGAGCGGGAAUCGAACCGGGGUCGCCGGGUUCGUAGUGCAGCGUAGCGCUAACCGCUACACCACCGCUCCCCAACCCUUGCACGCACAGACACACACACACAACAACAACAACCGCCAUUCACCACUAAGUGCUGGUGACGUCACCACGACGCUUGUGCCAGGCCAUGUGCACCUUGAGGCUACCACGUGAAGUGUCGAACGCCCGCUGGCAGGAGGUCACGGGGCAGACCCAGCAGGUGCCACGGGUCGACUGACUGAGACACACAGACACACACACACACAGACACACACACACAGACACACACACAGACACACA